UUGGGAAGGCAACCUGAAGCAGUCUGUGUUUCCUUGUUCUCCCAAGCUACUCCCGACGUCGUAACUAACCUGCUGAACGGCAUGCCUGAGUGUUACUUUGAAUAAUUUUGAAUCUUAUAGGGUAAAGAAAAAACUCUGCUUAUAGGUGCCCACGCCUCGGAGGAAACCCGAUCCACGGAUGACCUGGGACGGAGAUUUCUUUCAGUUUCCUUUGAAAAAAAUAAAAGAUUUAUAAUCCCUUUAUGAAGAACACUGACUUUAAAUGGGCAAGUACAGCGUCCUACCAGGAGGCACACUUUUCACACAGAAACGUCGCUACUCUCAUAGUGAGGGUCGCAGUUACUUACCUAUUCUUACCCGAGGAAUAACGAAGAUGGGAACAGCGCUGAUUUAUGAUGACGAGAUGACCAAGUACAAACUGCUCUGGGUUGAUCCAGCUUGUAAGAUUGAGGUGCCUGAGCGUCUGACUGUGAGUCAUGAGACUUUGGUCAGGACUGGCCUGGCUGAUCGCUGUGUCUCCGUACCUGUCCGUGAGGCCACGGACGCAGAAAUUCUUCUGGCUCACAGUGAGGAAUACCUGGAGGCGGUGAAGAAGACUCCUUACAUGAGUCUGGAGGACCUUAUGGAGUUCACUCGUCAGUACGGUGAUGUCUACUUCCACCCAAACAUCUACCACUGUGCCAAGCUUGCUGCUGGUGCUGCACUGCAGCUGGUAGACAGUGUUAUGACAGGGAAGGUGAGGAAUGGCAUGGCUUUAGUCAGACCACCAGGACACCACAGUAUGCGCAGUGCUGCUAAUGGAUUCUGUGUGUUCAACAAUGUGGCUAUAGCGGCUCAAUAUGCUAAGCAGAAAUAUGGAGUCCAAAGGGUGUUGAUAGUUGACUGGGAUAUACAUCACGGUCAGGGGGUGCAGUAUUGCUUUGAGGAUGAUCCCAGCGUGCUCUACUUCUCUUGGCACCGCUAUGAGCAUCAGAAAUUCUGGCCUCAUCUGAGAGAUUCUGACUACGACAUUGUUGGCAAAGAGAAAGGGGCAGGAUUCAAUAUAAAUGUACCAUGGAACAAGGUGGGCAUGGAAAAUGUUGACUAUCUGUCAGUCUUCUGUCACGUUCUUCUGCCAGUUGCAUAUGAGUUUUGCCCAGACUUAGUCUUGGUGUGUGCGGGAUUUGACUCAGCCAUCGGUGACCCAGAGGGUGAGAUGUGUGCCACUCCAGAUGUCUUUGCCCAUCUGACUCACCUGCUGAUGAACCUAGCAGGAGGAAAACUGUGUGCUGUGCUGGAGGGGGGAUACAACUUGACUUCCCUCGUCCAAUCUGUGUGUCAGACAGUCCAGACAUUGCUUGGAGAUCCUGUGCCGAGACCUGCAAGCCUCAAAAGUCCCUGUAUAAGUGCACUUGAAUCUCUUCAGUGUGUCCGAUCAGCUCAUAAGGCCUACUGGUCGUGCCUCAAACACGCAGCUGAUCUGCCCGCCUCCACCAUCAGCACCAAACAGAUUAAAUUAGGAGAAGGAGAAGAAACGACAGAGAAGGGAGAAGAAGAAGAAAAGGACGCGGAGGAAAAGGUGUGGCCUGAACCUCCAAAACGCGUCACUCCUCCAGUAUGUGCUGCUUUAGUGCUCCCCGAUGACGUGGCUUGCCCGGAGGGAUGCGAACGCUUCAGCUUCUCAGAGGAUCUUGACCCACUCUUAGCCAGCAAGUUAAGGGAGAGUUUCCUCAGAGACGCAGAUGACAGUACUGCUUUUAUAACCGUCUCCAGUUUUAUAGCCCUGACAGAGAAAAUGGAGAAGAAUGAGAUCUGCAGUGGCCUUGCACUGGUCCCUGACGUUACCAAGGCGAUGACAAGCAUUGUCCAGCACGUUACAACUGUUCUCAGCAACCGCGUUUUGGUCGUCUGUGUGGGUGACGGGAAUGUCCCAAGCCAUAUUACAGAAGACAGGGAAACACUUGUGGUGCAGAUGGGCAGUGCACAGACUGAGGAACGGAGCUGCAAAUAUUACAUUCGUGUGUGUCUGAAGAAGGGCUGCAGUGACACGUCAGGGUUCACACAGGCUGUGUUUGGCCUCCUCCUGCCCCUUGGGUAUGAAUAUGACCCCGGUCUUGUUGUGUUGGCUCGAAUGCCAGAUAGUGGAGUCAGUGACAGUUUGUGGCAACAACUAAUUGGCCUACUGCAGAGCUUUGCACUUGGACAUACACUGGUGGUACUGCAGGAGGAGGAGAAGGCGCUUAUCGGACUCACAGCAUCCUCCCUCCUCGGUAACCCAGCCGCCUCUCUGAAGCAACUUCAAGCCCCGCUAACAGAAGACACGGAGGCCAUAGAGAAGCUGAGACACAGGCUGCAGGCAGACUGGAAAUUCCUUCAGACCACAGCACCACAAACUCAAAGAAGUGAUGAAGACUGAGGAUGGAGGGUGUCAUGGACUUUUUGAUACUUUAUUUUUGGUAAAUUAUGACAGCAGUUGUCCUGCUGCUUAGAAAUUAUGCAUGUGUUAUAAUAUUCAUUCAAGCAAUAUCACAAUCAACGCCAGCUUUUGCCGUCUCAUAAAAAAAAAUCUAUUCAAUGACUUAAACAGUGUUUAAGUUAUUUGGUAAGCUGGAUUAACCUGUACUGUUGUAUCAGCGUAUGAGCUUUAUCAGCCUUGUUGACUAAACAAAGAUGAUGACGUUUACAGAUCUCCAGCUGACAUUUAUCUCUUUUGUCACAACAGUUUUCUGCUGGUUACAUUUGGAUUUUUUGAAUUUUCAUUUCUUUUAUCAGGAAGUUCCACUUGGAUCAAAAUCAGUUUCACAGGAGACAUAGCCAAGUGCGAAGAGCUAAUGAAUUUUACAGCAAUAUAAAAAUUAUUUAAGCAAUCACUGAUCAAAAUAGUUAUACUUUCUUUUUUUUGUGCCAUUCACAUGAUUGAAUAGUUGACUGAUUUUUGCUGUAAAUUGAAAUGUUGUGUCUUGUAUAGCACACGUCAUGUAAUUUAACAUGAAGUUUUCAUAAGCAACUUUGAUAUUCUCUGUAAUAAAUGUUACAUUU